GUAAAUACAGAACGUUCACAACGUAAGAAAGACUUGCGAACGUUCUGGCAGGGGGUGAUCGAAGAAUGUGGAAGGGCUAAACGAAAACGUGACGACGAAGAGAAAGAAAAUCUUAACCCAUCAAAAAAACACGCCCAAUCUGUUAUUUCUCUCAUGUGCCUUAUUCAGGGAAAUUCACUCACAAAUGCUUUUGAAGUUGAUAUUGAGAAGAACAAGACUAUUAGCAAGCUCAAGGAUGCUAUCAAGAAGAAGAAUGCACGAACUUUCUCCAACAUAGAUGCUAAAGACAUUAAGCUGUGGAAAGUGGAAAUACCUGACAAUCGUAAUGACCAGUUGAAUAAUUUUUCAUUUCAUGACCAAGACGAACUUCUUGCAAUGAAGAAGAUUUCGAAAUAUUUUCCCUUUACGCUUCCCGAAGAGCAUGUCCAUGUGAUCGUAAAGUUGCCACGUAAGUGUUGA